GGGCUCCCCCAUUCAAGCUUUUCCCUUCGGUUCCGUCCACUUGGGGGGUCCCGGUGGGACGGGGGGGUCCUGGGGGAACACAACUCGGAACCGCCGGUCCAAGGCUGCCCGGCCCUUCGGACCCAUCCCCACCAUGGUGUCCCGGGUGCUCUGCCGACUGAUCGAGCUGCUCUUCGGGAUGCUCUAUCCUGCCUACGCUUCCUACAAGGCUGUGAAGACCAAAAACAUCCGGGAAUAUGUCCGGUGGAUGAUGUACUGGAUUGUCUUUGCCCUCUUCAUGGCCAUCGAGACCUUCACUGAUCUGCUCAUCUCCUGGUUUCCUUUCUACUAUGAGGUUAAGAUGGCUUUUGUCAUCUGGCUGCUGUCCCCCUACACCCGGGGUGCCCGGCUGCUCUACCUCAAAUUCGUCCACCCCACGCUGUCCCGCAAGGAGAAGGAGAUUGACACCUACCUCAGCCAGGCCAAGGAGCGCAGCUACCACACCAUGGUGCAUUUUGGCAAGAGGGGACUCAACAUCGCGGCCACCGCUGCCGUCCAGGCUGCCACCAGGAGCCAGGGGGUCCUGGCCGGGAGGCUCCGCAGUUUCAGCAUGCAGGACCUGCGCUCCCUGCCCGACCAGACCCCCACCCACUACCAGGACCCCCUGUACCUCGAGGAGCAGGAGAGCAACCCCAGGCAUCUGCUGACAUACAGCACCCCCCUGGGCCAGCAGGAUGAGAGCGAGGAUGAGGAGCUAUGGUCAGACUCAGAGGUGCUGCCCCGCAGACCCCUGUCCCGUAGCCACAGCCUGCAGCUGGCCAAGAAGAAAACAUCAAGCAAAGAGGGCUCUUCCCGACUCCUGCGCAGCCGGAUCAGGAGGAAAGUGGAUCCACCCGAGGAGGAGGAGAGCUGAGGGGCACCCAGGAGCCUUCACCCCACGGUGCUGCUGCAGCAGCAGGAGGGACCCCAGGGUUUGUGCCCCCCGUCCCCCCAGCCCUGGGGAGGGGGCUCCCCCCUGGAUGACACUAUGCAAGACUUUUUCUCUGAGCUCUCUGCACCUCCAUCUGCACUGGGGAGGGGGCUCAGUCACCCCCCUGCUCCAGGGGCUCUCCCCUCUCCCCUCCUGGACCUUGCUGCUGUGGGUGGGCGCCGGCGCCUCUCCCGGGGGGUCCAGACCCCCCCUCCGCAUUCCUCCCACCCCAUGAACACUACAGGCUCUGCAGAGAGGGACACCCCACCUUCUCCUGCUGCCACUGUGCCUUACACCCCACCUCCCCUCUCCCGUGGCUGGGAUGUCCUCUGUCCCAGCAGAAGCCAAAGACACAGCCCCUGGCUGGGGACCCCCAAAAACUGCAGGCUGACACCCCCCACACCCCCGUGCCUGACUGUGCCCUGCCUGGCACCACACAGCUUUUAACAUUCUCCCCCCUCCCAGACGCUGUGAGAAGGGGUCGGGGGGAGUUUUGUACGUGGAGAAAUAAAUGUUAUUUCAGACUUUCA